AUGGUGAGAUCAAUCCAAGAAGGAAUCUUGAUGUCUUCAUCUUCUUCCUCCACCACAAGCAAUAGCACCACCGACUCCGACGAUUCCCUCAGCCCAUCCGCCUCCUCCAAAACCUUCCUCCUCGGAACUCUCCGCCCGCCGCCGAUCACCGGCGCGUACAAGCCACUCGCCGUCCUCUCCGCUCACGUAGGCUCUGUAUCCUCCUUGGCCCUCUGCGGCGAGUUCUUGCUGAGCGCGUCUCAGGGGAAAGACAUCAUCGUCUGGCAACAGCCAGAUCUCAAGAUCUUCGCGAAAUUCGGUCAAGGCGAUGGUUCCGUGAAGGCUUUAGUCAGCGUUGGAAGCAAAGUGUUCACGGCGCAUCAAGACAGCAGAAUCAGAGUCUGGAAAGUAUCUCGGAGAAACUCAGAGAACGCUUUCAGGCUCGUCGACACGCUUCCCACGACGAAAGACUAUUUGGGGAAGUUUAUGAAACAGAGCAAUUACGUGCAGACGAGAAGGAACCACAAGCGUCUCUGGAUCGAGCACGCGGAUAGUAUUUCGUGCCUUGCGGUACACGCUGGGAUUAUCUACUCCGGAUCGUGGGAUAAGACGCUCAAAGUCUGGAGAUUGUCUGAUCUCAAAUGUCUGGAGUCGAUCAAGGCUCAUGACGACGCGAUUAACGGUUUGGUCGCCGGAGAGGGAAGAGUUUACUCUGCUUCUGCGGAUGGGAAGAUCAAGAUAUGGGGGAGAGAGAAGAGAAAGAUUGAUUCUUUAUCAUCCUCUUCUUCUUCUUCUUCGUCUUGUGUGCAUGUUCUGAAGGCGACAUUGGAGGGUCGUGCAGAGGUUUCAGUGAACUCUGUGGUGGUUUCCGGUGACGGGAAAUGGGUGUACGGAGGAGGGUCAGAUGGGUUUGUGAUGGGGUGGGAGAAGAGAGAGAAAGGUGGAGACUUUGAGGAGUGGAGAUUAGGGUUUGAGAUGAGAGGACAUAAGAUGGCAGUUCUGUGUAUGUGUGUGGUUGGGGAAAUGGUUUGCAGUGGAUCGGCUGAUAAGAGCAUUGGGUUGUGGAGGAGGGAAAAGAGUGGCAUUCUCUGUAAAUUCGGAGUGAUACAAGGGCAUGAAGGUCCGGUGAAAUGCUUGCAGGCUUCGCCUAACAAUGUUGGUGCUGGAUUCAUGCUUUACAGUGGAGGUCUUGACAAGAGCAUCAGGGUUUGGUGGGUCCCAAAACAAGAAAACACAGAAGAGAAGAAGAAGAAGAAACAGAGUUUUGAGACAUUGUUGAUGAAUAAGGAAUGA